AUGCGGUUAUGGAACGCUGCUGCAAGCAUGGUAACAGCACGUGGUUAUCAUACUGCAACCCUGCUCAACUCGGGGAAAGUUCUUAUCGCUGGUGGCUACAGUUCGGUUCAGUAUCCUGCUAGUUGUGAAAUCUAUGAUCCAUCAACGAACCAAUGGAACUCUGCUGCAAGCAUGGCAACAGCACGUGCUUAUCAUACUACAACCCUGCUCGACUCGGGGAAAGUUCUUAUCGCUGGUGGCUUCAACUCGACCGAUUAUCUUGAUAGUUGUGAAAUCUAUGAUCCAUCAACGAACCAAUGGAACUCUGCUGCAAGCAUGGCAACAGCACGUGGUUAUCAUACUGCAACCCUGCUCAACUCGGGGAAAGUUCUUAUCGCUGGUGGCUUCAACUCGACCGAUUUUCUUGAUAGUUGUGAAAUCUAUGAUCCAUCAACGGACCAAUGGAACUCUGCUGCAAGCCUGGCAACAGAACGUUCUUCUCAUACUACAAUCCUGCUGAAGUCGGGAAAAGUUCUCACCGUUGGUGGUUUGUCUACAUCAUUCUCUGUUCUUGUUACUUGUGAAAUCUAUGAUCCAUCAACGGACCAAUGGAGCUCUGCUGCAAGCCUGGGAACAGCACGUGCUUAUCAUACUACAAUCCUGUUCAACUCGAGCAAAGUUCUUGCCAUUGGUGGUUUGUCUGCAUUAUACUAUGCUCUUGCUAGUUGUGAAAUAUAUGAUCCAUCAACGGACCAAUGGAACUCUGCUGCAAGCCUGGGAACAAUACGUGCUUAUCAUACUGCAACCCUGCUCAACUCGGGGAAAGUUCUUGCCACUGGUGGUUACAAUUCGACCAGCAUUCUUGCUAGUUCUGAAAUCUAUGAUCUAUCAACCGACCAGUGGAACUCUGCUACAAGCAUGGCAACAGCACGUUCUUCUCAUACUGCAAUCCUGCUCAACUCGGACAAAGUUCUUGCCAGUGCUGGUGUGGGAUUGACCGCUUUUCUUGCUAGUUCUGAAAUAUACAAUCCGUGA